UGUCUCCCUCAGAAUGAACACACCUGUGAAUGCUGGAGGCCUGUGAGCUCCCUGGCCCCCUCACCCGGCAUUGGAGCGACACAGAGUGGUGGCCUCUGAGAGGGACCCGAUUCCUUCCUACCCUUGAUACUCGCGAUCCCGCCAUGGAGACACUGUCACAGGAUUCCUUGCUGGAAUGUCAGAUCUGCUUCAACUACUACAGCCCGCGGCGGAGGCCCAAGCUGCUGGACUGCAAGCACACGUGCUGCUCUGUGUGCCUGCAGCAGAUGAGGACAAGCCAGAAGGAUGUGCGGUGCCCCUGGUGCCGGGGCGUCACCAAGCUGCCCCCCGGCUUCUCCGUGUCACAGCUCCCGGAUGACCCGGAAGUCCUGGCCGUCAUUGCCAUUCCGCACACUUCCGAGCACACCCCAGUCUUCAUCAAACUUCCCAGCAAUGGGUGCUACAUGCUGCCGCUGCCCAUCUCCAAGGAGCGGGCGCUGCUGCCAGGAGACAUGGGCUGCCGUCUGCUGCCCGGGAGCCAGCAGAAGGGCGUCACCGUGGUGACCAUCCCCAGCGAGCAGCAGCCUCUGCAGGGCGGUGCCACCCCGGAAGCAGCCGAGGAGGAACCCGACCGGCGGGGCGUGGUGAAAAGCUCCACCUGGUCGGGGGUGUGCACUGUCAUCCUGGUGGCCUGUGUCUUGGUCUUCCUUCUGGGCAUCGUGCUGCACAACAUGUCUUGCAUUUCUAAGCGCUUCACCGUGAUAUCCUGCGGCUGAAGCGGGUGCAGUGGAGGCUCUGGUGGGUGCCAACGCAGGGGUUGAGCAACUGAGGGGAUCCCGUGAGAAGAUGGGGGGCGACACUGACCAUUGGGUGCCGAGCGCUGGCCUCUGGGUUGCCACUUGAUUCACCCGAAGUCGGACACCGGAGAGGCAGAAGCUGAGGUCUGGGCAGGGUUCCAGGUGAAUCGUUCUGCGUGUGGAUAGCAACAGCUGUGAGGCCGAUUGCAUGCAUCCUUGUAAUCAUGUAUUAAAUGGACUGUACUUUAUGAUUUUCAAGCUCAUGUUGCAAAAUAGACGUCUUCUACUUAGACAUUAAACCGUACACGUGUAUUCAAUGUGAUCCUCUGUAAAGGCGGUAGAUUUAAACAAAGAUGCCAUGUACACAAGUAGAAUCGAACCUGCGAAUCCGUGUAGAAAUUCAGUGAAGACACACAGUGCUGGUUUCUUUGCAGUUGUUUUCCCCUUCGUUUUUCCAGAUGAAACCCAGUCUUCAUUUUAGUUGCUAAUGCUUUUUAUACAUCUCGAAUGGCACCAAGUCGAAAUAAGUUGAAUGGACCAACAUGUUUUGGAGAAACAUGAGAACACGAGUGCCUCCAAUGUGUUGCGUUUUGUCUUGUACCUUCAUUUUUCUUCCCUUGUAAUUAGAGCUCGCUACGUGUUUAUUAAACCGAAAGCCCGACAGGGGAGCAAUAAACCAAGAAAUAAUGAGAAAUGCCUCAUCCCACAGAAAACCUGUUUGCCAGUUUUUCUCAAGCCAUCUCACAGAACCAGAAUUUAAAGUGUAAAUAUUGUGUAUUUGUGUGUGUCUGUGUGUGUAAUUUGACUUACCUCAGGCAUCUGAGUCUGUUCAGAAGAGAUCCCAGGAGGAAGACCUUGGGCG